AUGGGGCCGAGCCUGUACUUGUCCAGUCUCCUGUUACUCAUCGUGCUAGUUAUAAGCAUCUUUGGACAUAACCAUGGUGAUAACAGCAUCCAUCACUAUGACUACUGUGUGCUUGGGGCUGGGCCUGCAGGCUUACAAAUGGGCUACUUUCUGUCCCAAAGCCAAAGAGAUUACAUAAUUCUGGAGCGCAACUCUGGACCAGGCAGUUUCUUCCAAAAAUAUCCUCGUCAUCGAAAACUCAUCAGCAUCAACAAGAUCUACACAGGAAGGCAGAACAGAGAGUUCAACCUGCGCCAUGACUGGAACUCCCUGCUAAGUGACAGGCCUGACCUGCUGUUUCAGAGAGUGAGUCAGGACCUGUAUCCUGAUGCUGAUGCCUUUCCUAAAUACCUCUCCAUGUUUGAGAAGGAGCUGGGGCUGCAGGUUAAAUAUGGAACAGAUAUAGGGAGUAUCCGAGCUGCAGAUUUCGGAAAACAUGGAAAUGGAGGGUACAUACUGACUGACCAGCAUGAGAUCAACUAUAAAUGCAGGGUUCUGUUGGUGUCCACUGGGCUGUCAGUUCCUCAGGAAGUGCAAUUUGUGGGCUCUGAUUUGGUAGAAGGCUAUGAGUCCAUCCCAAUCAAUCCUGAGGAAUACAAGAAUCAGGCAGUGCUCAUUUUGGGAAAGGGGAACUCGGCCUUUGAGACAGCGCAAAGCAUUUUGGGUAGAGCCAGCCGGAUCCACCUGUAUAGCCCAAGCCCUGUACGAUUAGCCUGGCAAACACAUUAUGUAGGAGACCUCAGGGCGGUAAAUAAUGAAUUGCUGGACACAUACCAGUUGAAAUCCCUGGAUGGUUUGGUGGAGGGAGGACUGGAGAACAUUGCCAUUGUCCGAAAGGGAAGAUCGGCAUUGAAAGGAAAAACUCGCAAGUCUUCUCAAGAGAAAGAGCAGUUCUAUCUUACUCUCUCUGAACUUUUGGACAGCUGGAGUAACAGUAGCACAAACGUUACAGCUGAAAAUCUACCUGGAUACCAUGAUGACAACUUCUCACUACGACAGCCGUAUGACCGUGUAAUCCGUUGCCUGGGAUUUCGCUUCAACUUCUCCAUCUUUAACGGCUCCACUUGUCCACCACACAGCAGCCGUGUUCGUGGUCGGAUGCCAGCUGUGACACCAUGGUACGAAGUCAGGGGAAAGCAGAACAUGUUCAUUUUAGGAGCAGCAGCCCAUUCCAGAGACUAUCGCUUGUCUGCUGGAGGAUUUAUUCAUGGAUUCCGCUACACAGUCCGGGCUGUGCAUAAGAUUUUAGAGCAGCGUUACCAUGGCAAUGUUUGGCCAGCUACCAAACUGUACACCAGUCAACUGCUUUCUUGGAUUUUAAAGAGAGUAAAUGAAGCCUCUGGACUAUACCAAAUGUUUGGGGUUUUGGGGGACGUUAUACUACUUCAAGGCUCCUACUGUGAAUAUCUAGAGGGGUUUCCUGUGCAAGCUCUGCCUCAAUUCUCUGCUCUAUCCGGCCGAAAUGUCUCUGUACAUGGCCUUCUAAUGGUGGUAAUGCAGUAUGGACUGAACCGCACCGAUACACUCGGACCAGGACGCGCAGAAUCAGAGUGGACCAAAGCUUGGAAGUCUAACUUCCUUCACCCUGUUAUCUACUUCUACAAAACACUUCCUACAGGAAAAGAUAUGAGGCAGCGUCCGUUUGGAUGGCCCCUGCCACGUCCUGAUGCUGUACAUCACAUGGUUGAGGACUUCCUGACUGAAUGGGACCAGCCGAUAUCUCACAGUCAGCCCCUCAGGCGCUUUCUCGAGCACUGCCUUCAGACAGACCUCAGGACGUUCUUUGCAGAAUCCUGUUUUACACUUUCCCUUACCAAUCGCAACCCACCGCUCUUCUGUCGUCAAGGCUACCUAAACAAAGAAGGCAUUGUGGGUAAUAAGCACCUGUGGCAGCACGCCCGCGAAGCAGGGCUCAUGCCGACCCAUCAGGGAUCUUUGGCUCCUGCCAGUGAGGGUUCAUUUUCUGAACACUUGACAAAUGCUGGUGCUGCAGCAACUUCAACAAUGAACUUUCACCUUUAGAAGAAGCUUCAUAAUCCAAAGAAUAAAUUUAUACCUUUUUGUGAUAUCUUUUUGAUGUUAAACAAUUUACCAAAUAUAUUAUUAUUAUUACAUACUUCACUGUAAAUAUGAACAAAAAUGGUUUUAUACGCUGCUACAAAUACUGAUGUGUAUACUGUUGGGAUUGGGGUCUGUAUGGAAUAUUAAUUUAUUCAUUGAACAAAGUAUUGUUAUAAUAAAACCUAUUGAGUACA